AUGAAUAAAGUUAAGGGACGGACCCGAACUCAUCAGAAAAUAUGGAAUAAGCCCAAUAAAAACGAGAUUUUAGAUAAAGAAAUCUCGAAUAUUAUGUCUGGUCGGAAGUUAUUAGAAGAACUUGAUAGCUCAACCGUCGAGAAAUUUUCUCAAUUUCCGCUUUCAGAGCCCACAAGAAGGGGAUUAAAAUCCUCAUCAUUCUUCAAACCCACCCCAGUCCAGAAGAAGUCUUUAAAACACACCCUUUUGGGCAAAGAUGUGAUUGUCCAAGCCAAAACUGGGAGUGGAAAAACGCUUGCCUUUGUAAUUCCCGUAUUGGAAUAUAUAUACACUGAGAAAAUAUCUUCUUUCGAUGGUCCAGUUGCUAUCGUUCUUACCCCCACCCGGGAACUGGCAAAGCAGAUAUUUGCUGUCUUUCAACGCGUUGGAAAGUUCCAUAAUUUUACAAUGAUUGAUAUUAUGGGAGGAAAAACAAACACGGGAAAACGCGAAGAAUGGCGAAGAGCAGCGAAUGCGAAUAUAAUCAUUGGUACUCCGGGUAGAUUUGCCCAACAUCAACGACAGAAUCCAUCACUAGAUAUGUCAAAUCUUCACUUUCUCAUCUUGGACGAAGUUGACCGGCUUUUGGAUCCUACAUUCCGAAGUGAACUCAUUUUCAUCGUUAAUAAUCUUUCCUCAAAUCGGCACAGUAUGCUUUUCUCUGCCACGUUUUCCAAAAAUAGGUGUGAUCUCUCAGCCUUGGGUCUUAAAUCACCCGUUAUGAUAUCAACUGAAAGCAGUAAUAUCGGUGCUACACCUGUGGGCUUAAAACAGAGCUAUUUUGUGGUUCCUUUGGGCAAAAAGCUCGAUCACCUGUGGACGUUCCUUCAAAGUCAUUGCAAAAAGAAAAUCAUCGUCUUCUUUUCCACCCAGAAACAAGUUCGAUUUGUGCACGAUCUUUUCACACAUCUGCGUCCCUACUUCUCUCUAAUGCAAUUACGCGGUAACAUGUUGCAGAGUAAACGGUUUAAAAUCUACGAAAAAUUCUCUCAAACUCCUCGAGGCGCUGUACUCUUUGCCACUAAUAUUGCAGAACGUGGUUUGGACUUCCCGGAAGUUGACUGGGUGGUUCAAUUCGAUUGCCCUAAGCAAUUAGAUGAUUAUAUCCAUCGUGUUGGCCGAACAGCUCGUGCAGAACGUCGAGGUCGGGCUCUUAUGUUUCUUCUCCCCUCUGAGGUUGGGAUAAUCAAACUUCUAAAUGAAAGAAACAUUCAAAUUCGUCAAAUGCAGAUUCCUGAAUCACGUACUUAUAGUGUGGUAACUACUCGAGCUCCUGCUAUACUUGCCAGUAAACCGGAAUUAGCAGAAACUGGCCGAAUAGCGUUCUGUGCUUAUCUUCGUGAUUAUUGCUUUAUCCCAAAGUCCCUGACUUCCUCAGAGAAGAAUAAUCAGACUUCGGAUGAGUGUGCUGGCAUGUCUCUGGUCUUUAAACCAGGCGAACUUCCUGUUGAUGAAUUUGCAGCCUCUUUGGGUCUUGCUUUGGUGCCGGAGUUACCGAAAGAGAUGCUCAAGUAUAUGCCUGAGAAUGCCAAGAAGGCUAGGAAACCCACUCUGCUUUUGGCUAAUGACAGAUCUCAAGUUGAAGACCUCAGUGGAUUCAAUAUUGACGAAGGUGUGGAUAAAGUAGAUGAUGAUGAAGAUGACGGUGGUUUUCUUAAACGAAAAGCUUUCUCUGUCCUCCGACCGGAGAUUAUGGCUAAGGUGGAGGCGACUGGGAAGAAAUUACUAGAAGUCGUGCCUUCUAGUGAUGACGAUGAGAGCGGUAGUGAUGAGGGUGUGAAGGUGGGUGGAGCGUACAGGCCUUCUGAACCGGAGUUGCCCAUUAAAGAAUCAAAGAAAAGACCUCUUACUCGAAUCCAGCAGGCAAAGAAGGAGCUUAAACGCAAAAUUGCCACCCACACGAGAGUCGAAUACGACGCAGAAGGCAAGCCAAUUGCCAAAUAUGUUGGAGGUGUUCGUAUUGAUGAUUUGGAUGGCGAUGAGGGGUCCACUUUGCCAACACCUCGUUUGAACAUUGAAGCAGAACGUGAAAAACUCCGCUCAAUUAUUGACGUAGAGGAUAAGGCCCGUUGGCGAGAACAAAUUCGAGCUAAACACCGCUUGGAGCGCAAUAAGGCCAAGGAAUUACGCAAGGCCGAACAAGCAGCCAACUCCACCUGUCAACUUGCUGCUGCUGGUGAUGAUGAUGAUGAUGGCGGAGACAAUCACAGUUCCGUGGACAGUUCAUAUGAAGCAGGGCAUUCUAAUUGUUCCAACAACAAUUCUGACAAUGAAGUUGAAGAUGAAGAUAUGGGGGAUCUGGAAUACUGUGAGGAAUCCGUAGAAAGUGAUGAAACCGACGAGGAAGAGGAAGAACCUGUUCGAAAACGUUCGAGAAACGACUAG